UUUAUGGCACCCGGCUGAGUGAAGGGGGGUGGGGCGACAGUGUGACGAUAUUAGGUUAAAAUGUAACUCGUGUUUAACCACCAUAGGCAGUCUAAUGUCUGGUGUGCUAUUUGUUUGUGGUGGCCUGUUAUUGUAGACCCAGUGUGACAUACUGCGUAACGUUAACAUGGAUGUAGAGCCGUUAGCUUAAUGCGCAUGCUGCAAGAAAAGAAUAUCUGAAAACACAGUCGUAGGUGCGGCCAGGCAUGGUGAAGCCAUGUCGUCUGGUCAGACUGGUAACACAGAUCCCACAAAGGUCCCUAGUCCACCAGGAGGGUUUACCCAAGCUGCCUGUGCCACCCCUGAAGCAGACAUGUGAGCGCUACCUGGCUGCUCUGGAGCCCAUCGUCAGCGAGGAGGAGCUGGAGCACACCAGGAAGCUGGUGGAGGAGUUCCUCAAGGGUGGCGUCGGGGAAAGACUGCAAAAAGGCCUGGAGCGACAGGCACAGAAGACAGACAACUGGAUGUCAGAAUGUUGGAUGCAGUCAGCCUAUCUAGACUGCCGUAUGCCGGUGGCAGUGUACACCAGCCCCGGGGUUGUGUUGCCACGCAUGCACUUCCGAGAUUGCCAAGGACAAAUGAGAUUUGCUGCCAAACUGAUCACAGGAGUUUUGCAGUUUAAGAAAAUGCUUGACACUGAUACCCUGCCUGUAGAGUACCUGUAUGGGAAGCCACUGUGUAUGGACCAGUAUUACAAGAUCCUGUCCUCCUGUCGUAUCCCUGAUCCAAAGAGAGAUACUGUUGUAAAUCACGCCACUGGGAAAACACCUCCCACUCACAUCACUGUGGUCCACAACUUCCAGUUCUUUGUCUUGGAUGUGUACAACAGCGACGGAACCCCACUGACAGUGGACCAGAUUUACAUGCAGCUGGAGAAGAUCUGGAACUCCUCUUUGCAGAGUAACAAGGAGCCUGUUGGCAUCCUGACAUCGCAGCACCGCAACACCUGGGGAAAAGCCUAUAACAACCUCAUAAAGGAUAAGACAAAUAAGGAGUCCGUCCGGGCCAUCCAGAAAAGUAUCUUCACAGUUUGUUUGGAUGCACCGAUGCCACAGCUGUCAGAUGAGCGGUACCUGAGCCGUGUGGCUGCACAUAUGCUACAUGGUGGUGGAGCUCGCUGGAACAGCGGCAACCGCUGGUUUGAUAAGACAUUACAGUUCAUUGUUGGUGAAGACGGCACAUGUGGACUGGUGUAUGAACAUGCACCUGCUGAGGGACCACCCAUUGUGAAUCUCAUUGAUCACGUUGUUAAAUACAUGCAGAAAUCUGAACUAGUCCGCUCCCCCAUGAUUCCCCUGCCCAUGCCUCAGAAACUGCGCUUUAACAUUACACCUGAGAUCAAGAGAGACAUUGAGAAAGCCAAACAAAAUAUGAACAUAAUGGUGCAUGACUUAGAUGUGAAGGUGCUUAUGUUUUCUCAUUUUGGAAAAAAUGUGCCAAAGCAACAUAAGCUGAGUCCAGAUGCUUUUGUGCAAAUGGCUCUUCAGCUUGCCUACUUCAGGAUGUAUAAUACAUGCUGCUCUACCAAUGAAAGUGCAUCGUUACGGAUGUUUAAAUAUGGGCGAACAGAUGUAAUCCGUACAACUACUACAGACUCGUUAAAAUUUGUUCAGGCAAUGCAAGACCCAUUGAAACAGAACACAGAGAGGCUGGCACUUCUGCAGGAGGCCAUUAAGACACAUAAGGAGAACACAUACAAUGCAAUUCAUGGACAAGCCAUAGACAGACACCUCCUUCGAUUGAAGCUACAGAGCAUUGAAGACCUGACCUCCAUGCCUGAGAUAUUCAUGGAUACCUCUUUUGCUGUGGCUCAGCAUUAUAAUCUCUCCACCAGCCAGGUUGGCUCCAAGACAGACUGUGUGAUGUGCUUUGGUCCAGUGGUGCCAGAUGGCUAUGGAGUGUGUUACAAUCCCAUGGAUGAGCACAUCAACAUCGCCGUGACGGCCUUCAACAGCUGUGAGGAGACGAACGCUGCCAGGUUUUCCCAGGCUGUAGAGGAUGCUCUGUUGGACAUGAGGGCUCUCCUGGAAGACACAGCUACAGCUGAGGAGUGAUCCCCUACAGGAGCCUGGCAUGAUGUUUGUGUCCCAACGGGCUGCAUGGGAGCUGGAACUGAACUGGCCCCAGUCGCUGGUAGAGGUGCACAAUGUGCUGAGUGUGUUGGAUCUGAGUGAAGACUGGUUAUCGAAGGGUUGUAUGAAGAAGAACAUGUGACAGUCAGUGCAAUGCUUUUGAUGGAAACUUUAUAUUUU